AUGGAGCCGCAUAGGAAUGAGGAGGCCGGGAGCCUGGAGCAAGAGCUACCAUCACCACCACCACUGGCGUGGCAAGCGCUGCCCAUCCUGUCCGAGCAGCAGAGCGAGGCGGUGGAGCUGGUGCCGGCCUACGCUGCACCCGUGCUCGACCCACGCCAGACCUCCCGCCUUGUCCGGGAGCUGUCGGCCGCCCUGCCACUGCCUGCCCAGCCCCACCUCAAGCGGGUGAGGCCAAACCUGGACGCCUGCUGCCCUCAUGCACUCGAGCUGCUGCUGUGCCUGGCAGGGCCGGCCCAGGGUGCAUGCUCGCUCAGUGAGCUGCUGCCACCGGCUGUGGACCCAAACGGGCUGGGGCCACCCUUCUUAGUACCUGUGCCUGCCCGGCCCCCUCUGACACGCGCCCAGUUUGAGGAGGCGAGGGCCCACUGGCCCUCAACCUUCCAUGAGGACAAGCAGGUGACCCGUGCGCUGGCCGGCCGGCUCUUCUCGGUACAGGAGCAGGCCCGCAUGCAAGGCCACAUGGAACGGGCCGUGCGGGCUGCGCAGAAGGCGGCCAUGCAGGGCCUGCGAGCCGUGGGUGCUGUGGUGGUAGACCCAAGCUCAGGCCGCGUGCUGGCCACAGGCCAUGACUGUGGCAGCUCCACCAACCCCUUGCUGCAUGCCACCAUGGUGUGCAUCGACCUUGUGGCCCAGGGCCAGGGCCGCGGUGCUCACGACCUCAGGCUCCAUCCUGCCUGCUCCUUCACGCCGGCUGCCACCCCGCAGGCUGUCCGGCCGGGCACUGUGAGGAAGUUGGACUGCUGCGAUGAGGACGAGGAUGGGCUCCCGUAUGUGUGCACUGGCUAUGACCUGUAUGUCACCCGCGAGCCCUGUGUCAUGUGUGCCAUGGCCCUCGUGCACGCGCGUAUCCGUAGGGUCUUCUACGGGGCACCCUCGCCCGACGGCGCCUUGGGCUCUCGCUUCCGCCUCCAUGCCCGGCCCGACCUCAACCACCGCUUUCAGGUGUUCUGCGGUGUGCUGGAGGACCAGUGCUGCCAACUUGACCCUGACACGUAG